AACAAUGAUGGCAAUCCCGCUCCCAUAACAGCACCACUACCCCCCACCUCUCCACCACCAGCCUCCCCCCCGCUCUUCGACUUUGAGACCGUCACCGAGUACAUCAUCCCCAAGCAGGAACUCCGCGACCGCCUCGUGACCGUCUGCACGAACAAAUACCGCAUCCUGGGCUACCCGGUGUGCCGGGAGGACCGGAAGUACGAGCGCAACAAAUUCAUCUUCAACUUUGCCAUUGUCCUCGACGAAGGCGUCGUCGAGUACAGCACUUACAAGAGCGUUGUUAGGAAGGUGGCCAAACUGUUCAAGGCGCUCGAGGAGUAGAGCGGCUUCCUCAGCAAUGAGGUUACGGCCGUGGGCGUGUUUGCCUUGAUUGAGCAGGUGUUGGAGGAUUUGAACAAUUAUUCCGAGUGCAUGAUUCCUAUUAAUGAGAGUAAUACAAUCAAUAUCAAGCUUUUCACAACUUAUGCUGCACCGCCGCGGGUUAAGGCUUUUCAUUUGCCGGUUUGUACGGUGCAGUUGGAGCGUUUGAUGGACAUUAAUUGGGAUCUUACGAUGCAGAAGAUCGUCCCCUUCAUCGACGGUAUAAAUUCUGUCAGGAUGAUAUCGGAACUGGCAGACGCAGAUUACAACCUCACGAGGAAGUGUAUCGAACAUUUGCUGUAUCACUCUCCCCUGUCCGGUAUUAUGUGUGGGUGGCCCAAACUAACGUCUGCACACCAAAAAAAAAAAAGGUUACUAUGGGUGCCUAAUAAUAGUGGACGUCUUCUAAUUUAGCACCAUAUAUGCCCGCACCGCUGAGAUCUCGAUACUAGUGCAAGAUCCCAGUUUGCAGGAAGAGUGUCAAGCCUACGUCUCCUACAGCACCCCUCGCAUUCCAUUCCCCUUCCUCCUGCAGCUCU